CUCUCGCCGGACUGAACACCGGGAAAUCUUUGGCGAGCAACGUGGUCUCGUUAUUGGCGACCUUGGCGGCAAGUGUUCAAUGACAGGAGGAGAAAAGGACCAUCAGAUCAUCAUCAUCAAGAAGAAGCCCAAGGACUUUUGCUUUCCUUUCCUAUCCCUGCCAGUUAGUUAUUUAUUUGCAGACCAUAGCGCCGCCAGUGGUUGUGGUUGGUUGUUGCUCUUGCUUGCGCUUACUACAAGUCAGAGGGAUCCCUUUAUCAUUUUAAAUUUAUUUGACGAGUAACGAAAGAACUAACACAACAACAAUGAGUCUGUUAACCGAUAUUCUGUUCACCCCCUUUGCGGUGCUUUUGCUGGCCAUUGAUAUUUUGGUUACCAUUGUAACGGGUGGUUGGUUGGGCAUUAUCAAGAAAUACUCUGGCAGUGGCGAAGAAAAGAUGCGAUCACUUCCAGUGGAUGGCGACCAGGUCCACCGCGUACACUAUUCCAACACCUCUUCCAACCUGAAUUCUGUUCCCGCUGAGGGCCACGAGACAUGCUAUGAUUUGGCCCUACAUGGCUUUGAAACUUAUCCCGACAAUCCAUGCAUGGGAGAGCGAGAAUAUCUUGGCUAUUACAAGGGCAACAAGAAAAUCAGACAUUUCAAUGGCAACAAUGUCGCAUGGCGAACCUACAAACAAGUCCAGCAGGAAGCAUUCCAGUUUGGAGCUGCCCUCUGCGCUGCGGGUUUGCAUGGGGCUCCAUCCACCACCAAUCUAGAGGAAAUGACACUGCCUUGUCGAAUUGCCAUCUUUGAAAACUCGUGUCCCGAAUGGAUGAUUGCUGCUGUGGGAGCCUUCACACAAUCCAUCACCGUCUGUACCGUCUAUGCUACACUGGGAAUGAAUGCGGUCACCCAGGUGGUUGCUACCAAUCACAUCAGCGUCAUUUUGUGCAACAAACGAUCUGUCCAAGCCCUAGUCGACAAUUGCAAGGAAAACCCAACACUCAAAACUAUUGUCUAUACCAACAAUAUGAUAGGGCCAGACGAUCAUGUGGAACUUCCCAAUGCACCUCCCGGUGUCACCAUCAUCUCCUUUGAUGAUUUUGUGGCAUCUGGUGAUCAGGAAGCAUAUCCUCCCGUACCACCCAAACCAGAGACGGCUGCCGUCUGUAUGUACACUUCAGGAUCUACGGGCGUUCCAAAGGGCGUCAUUCUCAAGCAUUCCGCCGUGGUUGCCGCGGCCGCAUCAGCGACUACAUUCUUGUCAGGAUUUGAAGAUCCCAUUCGGCCGGGCGAAGAAGCACACGUUGGUUACCUGCCCCUGGCACAUAUUCUAGAAAUGAUGAUUGAAUUCUUUGCUCUGUACAUGGGCGCAUCUAUUGGGUAUGCCGAUCACAAGACACUGUCCCCCACAGGCGCGUAUCCAACGGGGGCUCUUCAGUGCUUUAAACCAACACUCAUGUGUGGAGUGCCAAAAGUGUGGGAUACCAUGAAGAAAAUUGCCGAAGGACGCAUCCAGGGACGUACAAUUUUGGGACAAUUCCUUGUCAAGGUGGCCUUUGCCUGGCGCAAGUUUGCUCUCUCCCACGGAUUUGAUACACCCUUUUUGAAAAUGCUCAUCUUUUCUCGGUUCCGCGCCAACAUUGGUGGACGGCUUCGGUACGCUGUGUCGGGAGGAGGUGCUCUCAAUCCAGAAGUGGAGGAGUUUUGCCGCAUCGGAUUUUGUGUCAAGUUUAUGCAGGGAUAUGGCUUGACAGAGACGGCUGCAGCCUUGAGUGCCCAGGAACCGGAUGAUGUCAGAUACGGCAUUGCAGGAGGUCCGGUCCCCGGAAUAGAGGCCAAGUUGGAAUCCUGUCCUGACUUUAUUGACAAGGCAGGCCAACCGUACUUGACAACAGAUCGAUUGGACGUCAAUGGUGAUCCCAUCUGGGGAAGAGGAGAAAUCCUUGCACGAGGAACCCCCCUAUCGUCUGGAUACUACAUGAUGCCAGACGUGACUGCUGAAGCCUUCGAGAAAGACGGCUGGUUCCACACCGGUGACAUUGGGCAAUGGACCAAAGAUGGCAGUCUCAAGAUUGUGGACCGAAAGAAGAAUCUAGUAAAACUCAAGGGUGGAGAAUACAUCGCGCUGGAAAAGAUGGAAAUGGUUUACGGCAAUUCCACCUUUGUAGACUCGGUGAAUGGAGGCAUUUGCUGCUACGGUGAUGGGGAUAUGGAUCGACCUGUGGCACUCUUGCAAUUGCGAGAGGCUGCUGCCAUGAAGUGGGCCAAGGCGAAUGGAAUCAACAAGGACUUUCAGACGCUUCUGAAAUCGCCUGAGAUGAACAAGGCGGUCUUGGAUGAUAUGGCAAAUGAGUUUAAGAAGAGUGGCGAACUGAGUCACCUGGAAAAGCUUGUCGCAGUGGAACUCCUAGCGUCGCCCUGGACACCUGAAAACAACUGUCUGACUGCGGCUAGCAAGCUGCAACGAAGUUUCAUCCUACGACAAUUUGAGAGUGUGUUCAAUGACCUCAAGCCAAAGGGUAUUUUUAAUUAGAUGGAUCAAUCAAGUUGUGGUGCAGCCCGUGUAACUCUAGUAGUAGCGAACCCAAUCACACACUC